GUGACGAUCGUGCAGGAUGUCGAAGUUUGUGGUGGGCGCUGCCUUGGUGGCAGCUGUCGCCGUUGUCGCCGCUGCCAUCCCGGCUAAGGAGUACAAUAUCCGCGAGGGCGAGGCGCUGAUUGUCAACACCUCCCAGGGCACGCUUCUCGGUCGCCGCUACAACGAUGUGGAUCACUUCCUUGGCAUUCCCUUUGGUCUCCCGCCUGUGGGCGAGCGUCGCUUUCGUCGUCCCGAGCCGGCCGCUGCUUGGGAGGGUGUGCGCUCCGCCGAGGAGUUUGGCCCCAAUUGCAUGACCAAGAUCAGCUCUGAUUAUGUCAAGGGCAACAUCUCCGAGGACUGCCUGUAUCUCAACGUCUACCGCCCCGUCAACGCCACCGGCGAUGCCAAGCUUCCCGUCAUGAUCUGGCUCUUUGGUGGCUCCUGGGAAUGGGGUGGCAGCUCCUUCUUUCUCUACCAGGGUCGUGGCAUUGUCAACUACGGCAAUGUCGUCCUCGUUACCAUCAACUACCGUCUGGCCAUGUUCGGCUUUGUAGCCCACCCCAGCCUGCAAGCCGAGGACGAGCACAACAGCACCGGUAACUACGGUGUGCAAGACCAGCGCCUGGCCUUUGAGUGGGUUCAGCAGAACAUUGCGGCGUUUGGCGGUGACCCCGACAACGUCAUGCUCUUUGGCCAAAGUGCCGGUGCCGGCUCCGUUUCCUUCCACACAGUGGCACCAGCCAGCAAUGGCCUCUUUCACAAGGCCACCAUGGAGUCGGGCCCACCCUCGGACUGGGUCUCGCGCAACCUCUCCGACGUCAUUGCCCACACCAACCGCAUUGCCGACGCCGUCAACUGCAGCGGCCUCGAGGGCGAAUCAUGGACCAGCUGCAUGCGGAACGUGCCAGCCGAUGUCCUCACCCUGCAUCCAGAGAACACCCCCAACCUGUCUCUCAACUGGUUCCCCGUGGUGGACGGCGUCGAGUUGACCGACUUUGUCCCCAACCUCUGGAAGCGCAACAUGACCAACGACGUCUCGGCCAUGCUCUUCGGCGUCGUUCAAGACGAGGGCACCGAGUUUAUGGAGUUUAUCAAGCCCGAUGAUACCUGUGACGACUACGUCACUUGGCUCAAGACGCGCUGGGGUGGCAGCCUCCUUGAUGACGUCAACAAGACCUAUCCUUGCGACUUGGACACGACCCCUUUCUUCACAGCCGCUCGUGCAUACGGCGAUGCCCUCAUGGGAUGCCCCGCUCGUCGCACCGCUACUUGGGCGUCGUCUCGCGGCAUUCCCGUCUACCUGUACCACUUUACCCACCAACCGUUUUUGUUCAAAGUCGCCGAACCGCAGUACCGUGUUGGUCACUCGAGUGACGUGCCUUUUGUCUGGCAUGACUCUGAAGUCUUGCUGGGCGAGGGUGAGGUGGCUCUGGCCGACCAGGUCGUCUCCUACUGGACCAACUUUGCCGCUACUUCCAACCCCAACAAGGUGGGCUCGAACAACCCCAACGGCAUCGUGCCAGCCGUGGAAUGGGUCCCCUUUUCGCCUUCGGGCAACCACAACUUCCUGAACCUGAACCUGACUACAGCCAUGGAAACUGACUUUAUCGGCUCGGUCUACUGCGAUAUGUGGGAUCAGUACUUCUUCUCUGGCUGCUAUGUCAACGGCAGCAAGACGUCAUGCUAAAGUAGCAUGCACACAUUUUUUUUUGGUUUGAUCGAGUGGUUUGGAAAAUAAGACUGUUUGCUAAUGAUCCUUUAGUGAUUUGGUGUUUGGGACUCAACGACGGCGUGGCGUCUCAACUCCCUUUGGUACCCCUCCCUACCUUUCAUUGUUUUUCCGUUUGGUGGAAGGUGAAUUCAUGUUUCCGCCGUGUCGCAUGUUUGCACGGCCGUGCUUUUGGGUUGCAAUUGAUCCACCACUUGG